UCUCUCCGCAUCCUCUGCAGUCGCGUUUCUUCCUUCUCCGCUCCGUUCUCCGCCGCCGUCAGGGUCUGCGACCCUGAGUCCGGAGCCGGGCAUCAUUCCAGGUUGGUUCCCAGGACCCGGUACUUUGGCUGGGGACUCCCCUGAGGUUUUCUCUUCGGAGUAGGGAUGGCCUCUGGGCUCCUACCCGUGGGCCCCCAGGGCUCGGUGACGUUCCGGGACGUGGCCGUGGACUUCUCCCCGGACGAGUGGGAGUGCCUGGGCCCGGCCCAGAGGGAGCUGUACCAGGAGGUGAUGCUGGAGAACUACCGGAGCCUGGCGUGGCUGGGCCUCGCUGUUUCCUGUCCGGAAGUGGUCUGCCAGCUGGAGCGGGGGCCCUGGGUGCCGGAGCCGGAAGUGGUUGCAGGCCCUGCGGGUUGGGAGACCAAGGCCCCAAAAUUGGGCCUUGCUAUUAAAGGAUCAUCUCAAGAAAGCCUGACAAGUAUUGAUAUAUGUGUCUCCAAGUUAGGAAAAGUCUGGAAACUUAAAGCCAAUUUAGAAACUCUUCAGGAAAAGAAUAUCUGUAAGCAUGAUACAGAUAGAGAAGGUAAGUAUAAUGACUGUGGGAAACCCUUCACUUAUACAUCAGGCCUUAUGGAGCAUCAGAUAAUUCAUAUGAAUGAGAAGCCCAAUGAGUGCCAUGAAUGUGAAAAGACCUUCAGUCAAAGAACAGAAUUUAGACAACAUCACAGAAUUCACACUGGAGAGAAACCUCAUGAGUGCAAUGAAUGUGGCAAGGCCUUCCGCCGCAGUUCACAACUUAGUGAGCAUCAGAGAAUUCAUACUGGAGAGAAACCUUAUGAAUGUCAGCAAUGUGGCAAAGCAUUCCGACAGAGAUCAAAACUUACACGACAUCAGAGAAUUCAUACUGGAGAGAAAACUCAUGUCUGUAAUGAAUGUGGGAAAGCCUUCCACCAGAGCUCAGCACUUAUUCAACAUCAAACAAUUCAUACUGGAGAGAAACCUUAUGAAUGUCAAGAAUGUGGGAAGGCCUUCAGCCUGAGCACACGAUUCAUUGUACACCAGCGAAUUCAUACUGGAGAGAAACCUUAUGAAUGUCAGGAAUGUGGAAAAGCCUUCCAUCAGAGAACGGGACUUACUGAACAUCAGAGAAUCCAUACUGGAGAGAGGGCUUAUGAAUGUAACAAAUGUGGGAAGACCUUCUGCCAGAGAACAGGACUUACUCAACAUCAGAGGAUCCAUACUGGAGAGAAACCUUAUGAAUGUAAAGAAUGUGGGAAGGCCUUCUGCCAGAGAACAAGGCUUACUCAGCAUCAGAGAAUUCAUACUGGAGAGAAACCUUAUGAAUGUAAGGAAUGUGGGAAGGCCUUUAGAGUAAAAACACUGCUUACUCAGCACCAGAUAAUUCAUACUGGAGAGAAACCUUUUGAAUGCAAGGAAUGUGGGAAGGCCUUUCACCUGAGCACUGGACUUAGUGAACAUCAGAGAAUUCAUACUGGAGAAAAACCCUAUGAAUGUAGUGAAUGUGGGAAGGCCUUCCGCUGGAGUGCAGGACUUAGUCGACAUCAAACAAUUCAUACUGGGAAGAAACCUUUUGAAUGUAAUGAAUGUGGGAAAGCCUUCCGCCUGAGUACAGCGCUUACAGAGCAUCAGAGAAUUCACACUGGAGAGAAACCUUUUGAAUGUAAUGAGUGUGGAAAGGCCUUCCGUCUGAGCAUAGGCCUUACUGAACAUCAGAGAAAUCAUACUGGAGAAAAACCAUAUGAAUGCAUGGACUGUGGGAAGGCCUUCAGCCAGAGUACACAGCUUAAUCGACAUCAGAGAAUUCAUACUGGAGAGAAACCAUAUGAAUGUAAUGAAUGUGGGAAGGCCUUUUGCCAAAGAGCAAACCUUAUACAACAUCAGACAGUUCAUACUGGUGAGAAGCCUUAUGAAUGUAAUGAAUGUGGGAAGGCCUUUAGCCAAAGCACAGCACUUACCGGACAUCUGAGAAUUCACACUGGAGAGAAACCUUAUGUAUGCAAUGAAUGUGGGAAGGCCUUCCGUCUAAGGACAGGACUUACUGAACAUCAGCGAAUUCAUACAGGACAGAAACCUUAUGAAUGUAAUGAAUGUGGAAAAGCUUUCCGCCUGAGCAAACAGCUUACUCAGCAUUACAGAAUUCACACUGGAGACAGGCUUUAUGAAGGUAGAGCCUUUUGAAAGAAUUGAAUUUGAGGUUUUUAGCUAAAUUGUAUUCUUUUUCAGAAAGCAGAAAUUACAACCUAGAGGAAACCCUUGAGAUCAAAUUCUCAACAAAGUUAAUAUAAUAGCUGUUCCAAAUUCUUUUCCUCUCUGGUCAAGUCCCCAAUCUCCACAUUUGCCACAAAUGAUUCACUCUUAACUUACUGAGAAAUUGUUCUAGUCUGAAAGGAGCAAACUGCCCUUAGACGGUCACAGGAGAAAAAUUAUUUCUACUUUUUCUUGAUUGUCCUUUUGUGCCCAUCAUCCCACUGAUUCUUAAUCCUCUGAUUUCAAACCAUUUGCUAAGUCUAUCAAUUUUCUAUCCACGAUAUCUCUAUCAUUUGACCCUCCUGUCUACUCACAUCACCACCACCUUAGUCCAUGUCCCUGUCACCCCUCAUCUGAACUAUUGCUUCCCCUUAUACAUUCUGAUAUUCCAAAUGAACUAGCCAACUUUCUGUUCCUAAUGUUCCAUCUCUUGAUUUCUCACCUUUCUGUGGGGUCUAUAAUAUUCUCUCUCCUCCCUUCUAUCUCCUACAAUUCUAAUUCUCUUCAAGGCUUAAUUGAAGUGCUAUCUCCUACAUGAAUCCUCUGCCUGACCAUUCCAGGUAUUGCUCCAUGACAUCCUCUCCUUUACCCAAUAAUGUAGUGAAUUAAUUUCUCGAUUAGUCAUCCAUCCAUUGGGGGAAUAGACUGUUUUGUCUCGUGUAAUUUUCUGUCAGUGUCUUGCAUAUAAUGGACACAGUGUUUGUUGAAUUAACUUGCUUUGAUAUCCCACUUUCCAUCAUCGAGAAGUUGUUUAAAUAGGCUGUAUUGGAGUAUUAAUUAUAUCUUUCAUAUAUACAUACAUAUGUUUAGUAUAUCAUUUUAUAAUUCUUUUAUUAUAUCUUUUCCUCAUUUCUAGUUUUUGGGGUUAUAUUAAUUUUGAUCUUUGCUCUAACAAGUCCCCAGUCUGACUGUACACAGAUAUCUUACUCAGGAAUGAUUUCUACAUCAAUAACAAGUUAUUUUUUCUAUUAAAAUAAAGAUGUGACUUUUUAAUUAAAGACAGAAUUUGAAAGAAGGGACCUCAGAUGCCACCUAGUGCAACCCAUACCCCAAAGGGUCCCCACCUAGGAAAUGGUUUUCCAGCCUCUUCUCAAAGACCCCCAGUGAGGAGAAUCUAGCAUCUCUCAAGACAAUCCAUUCCACUUUUUUAUUUUGUUCUUUUUGAAUCAUUUCAGUCCUGUCCAAGUCUUCCUGAUCCCAUUUGGAAUUUUCUUGGAUACUACUAGGUUAGUUUGCAGUUCCUUCUACACUUUAGAACAGCUCUGAUUGUUAGGAAACUUCCUGAAAUGAAAUGUAAAUCCCUCCUUUACAUACUUGAGCAUGACUAGCAUGUCCUGAAUUUUGUUCUCUCUAGGCCAAGUACAUUUAUUUCCUUUCAACAAGAUUUCAUGUAAGCAAGGUCCUUCACCAUCUUGGUUCCUUCUUAUGGACACUAUGCAUUUGUGCUGUUUCUUAGACUAUGAUCCUGUACGGGUUAAAUUAAGAGGUUUGACAAGAUAAGAGCAGCUUUUAAUAAUUUAAGUUUUAAAGAGAAUAUAGUAGAGUUGUAAAUUAAUAUCCCUACAAGCCCAAGAAAAGUCAACUUCUAGCAGCUUUUAACUAACAGUUUAGUUUAAUUAAAAUGGAGUUAGUAAAAGAAUAUAGUAAAGGAGAGAAAUAUAGGAAAGAAGUAGAGAAAGACAAUUUCCUAAUGUCUAUACUAGUUAUUCCAUAACUACCUGUAACUUCUACCUACAACUGCCAUUUGAGAAAGUCCAACUGAUCACCCUUCAGCUCAGUUCACCAGGCAGAAUUAGUAUCUAUCUAUAGAUAUACCUGCAGAUAUGUGUGUGUGUGUGUGUAUAUAUAUAUAUCCCAACCACCAACUAAUCACCAACCCACACCACCAGCAACCAACUCAUGCCCAGCAGCCAACUUCCCCACAACUGCCAACCCUGUCAGCAACUGACAGACCAACUAAUUCAUUCUGUCUCCUUUUAUACCCUUUUCCUACCUCACUUCCUAUCUGUGGUUUCUACUUCCUGUCACUGUGGGCUGGUUAAUACCUACACAUCUCUAUGGUAAGAGGACCUCCAGGUCCCCUGCUAAAUUAAAAAAAGGAAUAAAGAAUUCCUUUUUACAAUCCCCGGAAUGGAAUACAAUAUUGCAGAUGAGGUCUAAGCAGGGCAUAGUAUAAGAUUCUCGCCUCCAUAUUCCUGGAAACUGACCCUCUGAUUGCAGCCCAAGAUUUCAUUAGCUUUGGGGGCUGCCACAACAUACUUCUGCUUCCUAUUGAGUUCACAAUCCACUCAAAACCCCAGAACUAUUGUCCAUUCCCCCAUCCCCAUUUUCUACUUGGGAAGGUGAUGAUUGGAUCCCAAGUUUUAGACUUUAUCCUUACUGAAUUAUAAUUUGUUAGAUUCAGCCCAACAUUUCAACACACCAAGAUCUCUUUGGAUCCUGGCUCUAAUCUAAUAGCAAUCCCUAGCAACUUUGUGUCAUCUGCAAAGACAAUGAGCACAUGAUCUAUGCCUUUAUUGAUAUCAUUAAUAAAAAUGUUAACUUUGGACCAGAAAUACUUUUUAGAAACGACAAUAAUGAAGUCUGAAUUUCUUCAGAACACAAAUGAUGGAUUUAGAAUUGGUGUUAUUACAUCAACAAACCAUGUUACCAUCGUAUGACUUAAGAAGAGAGAUGUGAAGUUGAUUGCCAGAAAGGGAUUUCUGACUCCAGUAGAUAAUGGAUCCUGUAGAAUUUAUUUCAGUCUUUUCUAUAAUCUUUUCUAUGAAACUUAACUGCACAAAGGCAAAAAUAUAUAUAUAUAUAUAUGUGCCCCAUGACCCAGAAUUAAGGCUCUCUGGGCUUACAAAAUAAAUCUUUCGGGUUUUUCAUUAAGUACAGUGGCUCAUGCUUGGACCCAUGAUCUCCUCCAGAACAUAAAAAACUGGUUCCUUUCUGCUCUUUCCUAGGAGUAUUUAAUAACUCAGCUUUUGUCUUCAGUUUAAAGCCCCCAUUAUAAUGGGCCUCCUACCUCCCAUCUUCAAGAAACUUUUCUUUGCCCUUCUUGAAUCCUUCCUCCAGCCCCACUAACAUCCCAUCCUGCUCGCCAUUCUUUCUCCUUAUCUGGUAUUGCCAACGUCUUAUUUUGUUUAAUUCUCCUUAUUUGUUACAAGGGCAGUUUUUAUUGGGAGGUGAGGUGGGAAGUCAGUCGAAACGGAUAGCUAUGUGAAGGAAAGAAAGAAAGAGAACAUCAACAAAGCAUUUGAAAAGAAGAUCCCUGGGGAAUUCCAUGGAAACCUCUGGUCAAGUUGACUUGUACCCAUGAAUUAUUACCCUUUAAGUCUGAUCAUCCACUCAGCCCUGAAUUCAUCUAAUAGGAGGUAUUUUCAAAUGCUUUGCUUAAAUGUAGGUAAUUUAUAGCUCAGCAUUCUUCUCUACUUGCUUUAGUCAUCCUGCUCCUGAAAGAAAGAAAAAUAACUGGGCCCACUACCAGAGCCGAAGAGCUGAGCUUAUAUGUGGGCACAAAAUAGAGAAGUCCGAAGUCUGCAGCCGCUCCCAGUCUCCGGCCUGACACGUCCGAUGUUUGGCUUAUAAUGAAUUUAUAAGCGUGAGCAGUUGCUCUACAGGUGUUAUACACUAGGUCAGGAGCUCAGAACAUGUGGAAAAGGGGUACCAAACAGGUUGAUGAAAAGAUCUUUUUUUUACUAACAGGUUCCAGUAAGAAGGGCACACGCCCCUAACACGUACUUUUCUCCUUUCCCUUCCUCGGUAACUUGGUCACGACACUGUAAGAAUAGGGGGCCAGUUUCCUCGUGUUACAACCUCUAGUGCAUGUAGGAAAACAACAGGGAGGUGAACAGGCACUUUCAUCAUUACAGAGACUUCUAAUGCUCUUCCUAUUAUGUAUUAUUUAGCUCUCAGUUCCAGCUUAGCAAUCCUUAUAAGCGACUAAAAGUUACUGAACUUAAUUUCUUCUUGCACCCCAAAAAGGACAUAGAUGUACUCCUGGCAUGACUUGCUCUUCAUGAAGCUCUUCUGGCUUCUUGUGAUCGCCAUUUGCCUUUUGGGGGAAACUAACCAUCUUUUUCACCUGUUCUAGAAUUUUCCUAGAAAGCAAAGGCAAGUUCACUGGUCUAUGGUUUGUAGACUUUGUUCUUUUCCCCCUUUUAGAAAGUUGGAACCGCAUUUGCCCUUCAGUAUUGGAGUAUCUCUUCCUGUAGUCCCAAAUGUCACUGAUAGUGGCUCAACUAGCACCUCUUCCAGUUCUUUCAGGACGUGGAGGCUCAUUUUAUACAGACGGAGUGCCUUAAAUCCAUUUGAGACAGACUCAUCCUGAGGAUCAACUCUGAGCAAUUUGUGUUCAUUUUGUCAGCUGCUUGUUAUUAUGGCCCCACAUGUUGGGCUUUUCUUCAGGAGAUUAUUGACGAUUUGUGAGUGCGAAGGUUCUCUCUGGAUCUUUAGCUUCUCUUCUCAGUUUUACAAUCUGUGUUUCUGACUUUUUAGCCACCCUUCUAUGUUCUCACCUUUAUACUAAAGUCAAGAGAGCAUAGCGAUUUUACCUUGGCCAUUCGUAUUGGUAUCCAUGGAAUUUCUCUACCUCUUCAACUGUCACAAAAGCUAUUACACGUGCAGCAGUUAUUUCAAUGGUGCUGGUUUUGCAAUAUAAGAAUGGUAAAAAAAACUUUUGUUACCUCUGGGCACACAAUAAAACCAGCACUGCCACCCUCUUUUACUUUUGCA